AUGGCGCUAGGCAGGUGUUUGGUGCUACUUACAAUAAGUGGCAUUAAAAUUAACAUCUGGCCGCUGGUGACAGAUGCUGACAUGGGGCGCAUUGAGAUAUUGCUCGGGACUGAGGCUAUCACUCAGCCUGGCCUGACAAUGGUGGUCAGACAGGGCAAGGCCAUGUUGUUGGAGGAGGAGAGUCCCGACAAAUGGAUGAGCAGCUUUGGUAUGCCUGAAGUGGAGGAGGGCAAAUAUGUGAUUCGGCUAGCAGAAGAGCUAUGUUGCAAAUCAUUUGCAUCUCAGAUGGUCAAGGUCGACGUGAGUGGUAAACAAGGUGGCGAUUUUGUUAUGGUGGACAAAGUUGUAACCACUGAACACGGCUACCUCAUGAUACAUGGCCAACUUCUGAAGCUGGGAAUGGAGAACCAGUUGCUGAAGGUGACCAAUCUCACAAAAAAGGAGAUUCAUUGGAGAAAGGGGCGUGUAUUGUUUCGUUUGGAGUUAGGAGGCAACAAGGAGGCCAAGGCUGGAGAGAAAAAGAAAGCAACCAAAACUACACAGGUAAAAUGGAGAUUAAAACAACAACCGAUGUACCGAUAUUUCACAGACCCUAUCGAUUGUCACACUCAGAGCGAAGUUUGGUGA